CGGGUAGCUGUGUGUAAGGAUGUUUGUGCCUCGGUCUGUGAAGCGGCAGCGGGAGGGAGCAGAGACCGGAGCUGGUGGGAAACGGAAACUACUGGGAAAUAAACUUUCUUCCCCUCCCGAACAUUAUCUGUCCGCUUCCUCCGCAUCUGCUGUCUGUCCUGCCAGUUCAAUACAAUUUACCUCCUCCUUAUCCGACCAAAAUAUACCCCGUACUACCCCUUCAACUCCUCCUCACUCAGUAUCUUCCCCUGAUCACCACUCAGUAUCUGCCCCUUCCCCUGAUCACCACUCAGUAUCUGCCCAUUCCCCUGAUCACCACUCAGUAUCUGCCCCUUCCCCUGAUCACCACUCAGUAUCUGCCCAUUCCCCUGAUCACCACUCAGUAUCUGCCCAUUCCCCUGAUCACCACUCAGUAUCUGCCCAUUCCCCUGCUUCUCACUCAGUAUCUGCCCAUUCCCCUGCUUCUCACUCAGUAUCUGCUCCUUCCCCUGAUCACCACUCAGUAUCUGCCCCUGCUCAUCAAUCAUCAUCUGCCCCUGCUCAUCAAUCAUCAUCUGCUCCUGCUCAUCAAUCAUCAUCUGCCCCUGCUCAUCAAUCAUCAUCUGCCCCUGCUCAUCAAUCAUCAUCUGCCCCUGCUCAUCAAUCAUCAUCUGCCCCUGCUCAUCAAUCAUCAUCUGCUCCUCACUCAGUAUCUGAUCCUUCCCCUGCUCCUCAGUCAUCAUCUUCCCCUGCUCAUCAGUCAUCAUCUUCCCCUGCUCAUCAAUCAUCAUCUGCCCCUGCUCAUCAAUCAUCAUCUGCCCCUGCUCAUCAAUCAUCAUCUGCCCCUGCUCAUCAAUCAUCAUCUGCCCCUGCUCAUCAAUCAUCAUCUGCCCCUGCUCAUCAAUCAUCAUCUGCUCCUCACUCAGUAUCUGAUCCUUCCCCUGCUCCUCAGUCAUCAUCUUCCCCUGCUCAUCAGUCAUCAUCUUCCCCUGCUCAUCAGUCAUCAUCUUCCCCUGCUCAUCAAUCAUCAUCUGCCCCUGCUCAUCAAUCAUCAUCUGCUCCUCAGUCAGUAUCUGAUCCUUCCCCUGCUCCUCAGUCAGUAUCUGAUCCUUCCCCCGCUCCUCACUCAGUAUUUGAUCCUUCCCCCGCUCCUCACUCAGUAUUUGAUCCUUCCCCUGCUCCUCACUCAGUAUCUGAUCCUUCCCCCGCUCCUCACUCAGUAUCUGAUCCUUCCCCUGAUCAUCACUCAGUAUCUGAUCCUUCCCCCGCUCCUCACUCAGUAUCUGAUCCUUCCCCUGAUCAUCACUCAGUAUCUGCCACUUCUCCUGCCCCUUCUGCUCAUCACUCAGUAUCUGCCCCCUCUCUGAGCCCUCCCACACUAUUUGCCCCCUCUCCGAGCCCUCCUGCACAUUCUGCCACCUGUCCAGACCCUCCUGCACACUCUGCCCCCUGUCCAGACCCUCCUGCACAUUCUACCUCUUCCUCAGAACCUAACUUGCAGACAGCACCCUCUUCUUCCCAAGAUUCUAUUCCUGCUCUAGUUUUAGAGGGAACUGAGGAUGAACCUGUCAAAUCCUUCAGAAAAUGUCAGCGCUGGCCUCUCCCUGGUGAGCCUGUGUGUGAAGUGUGCGGCCGAUAUGGAGAGUACAUAUGUGAUCAGACAGACCAUGAUGUGUGCAGUCUGGAGUGCAAAGCCUUGGACCUUCUGCGAGCUACUGUUGACUUGAGGUCUCAAAACUUGACUACAGCUAGCUGUCUAAUAAGCCAGGCUUCAGAGAUUCCCUCCGCCACAACAGAUACAGAACACCCAACAUCAUAUUCCUACACUGAGCAUGAGUUUAUUAGUCAGCUCAGUGAAGACCAGAUUGGGAAUUUACGGCAGCAGCUCGGGUUACACAUACAAGGAAACAGGGUCUGCAGACCCAUCAUAGAAUUUGAACACUGCCGCUUUCCAUCUACUCUGAGCUUAAACCUGAAGAAAGCAGGGUACGAGGUGCCCACCCCUAUCCAGAUGCAGAUGAUUCCUGUUGGGUUGAUGGGUAGAGAUAUAUUGGCAAGUGCUGAUACGGGCUCAGGAAAAACAGCUGCCUUCCUCCUCCCAACUAUUAUUCAGUGUCUGGAACAGAAGGAUGCUCCUGCAGCACUGAUCCUAACGCCCACCAGAGAGCUGGCAGUGCAAAUAGAGGGACAAGCUAAGGAGCUGGUGUCUGGGAUUCGCCGAAUGAGGACCGCUCUACUUGUUGGAGGAAUGCCGCUCCCACCCCAACUGCACAGAUUGAAGCAGGGUGUGCAGGUUAUAAUAGCAACACCUGGCAGACUAUUAGAAAUUCUGAAGCAGAAUUCAGUGAAUCUUCAAGCGCUAAGACUUGUGGUUAUAGAUGAGGCAGACACCAUGCUGAAGUUGGGGUUUCAGCAACAGGUGCUAGAAAUAUUAGAGUGCACCCCGCAGGAGCGCCAGACCGUUCUGGUUUCCGCUACUAUCCCUACAAGCAUUGAGACCCUGGCCCAGCAGCUUUUGAGCGAGCCUGUGCGGAUCACGGUGGGGGAAAAGAACCAGCCGUGUGCUAACGUGCGUCAGAUCGUACUCUGGGUGGAGGAGCCCUCCAAGAAGAAGAAACUUUUUGAAAUUCUAAAUGAUCCUAAGCUUUUUCAACCUCCAGUUCUGGUGUUUGUUGACUGCCGGCUUGGUGCAGAUCUACUCAGUGACGCCAUCCAGAAAGUUACUGGGCUGGAAAGUGUGUCUGUGCACUCGGAUAAACCACAGGUGCAGAGGACCAGCAUCCUGCAGGGUUUGCUGAAGGGCCAGUACGAUGUUGUUGUGAGCACCGGUGUCUUGGGGAGAGGGCUGGAUUUAGUGAAUGUCAAGUUGGUAGUAAAUUUUGACAUGACGUCUAGUAUGGAUGAAUACGUCCAUCAGGUUGGUAGAGCAGGAAGGCUGGGCCGUCGGGGGACAGCUAUAACUUUUAUCAAUAAAAACAACCGUAACCUGUUCUGGGACUUGGUACAACGUGUGCAGCCCACCGGUUCUCUGCUUCCUCCACAACUAGUAAACUCCCCCUACAUGCACGACCAGAAGAAGAAAGCAGAAAAGAAAGGGAAGAAAGACCAAGAGCGUUUAGUAACAGGAGAUCAGAUCCUCAAUCUCAUCAGGAAGCACGACCGCAGGAAAGCCCACAAGUGACCGGCGCACUGAUGCUGUGUGUUAUAUUUAUUUUAAUGUGUACAGAAUAAAUGAUAUGCAGAGUUGUUCAAUAUAUGUUUAUUGCAUAUUUCA